AUGGCAGGCCCGACUCUAAGUGCAAGCUCUCCGCCCCUCAAUGUUACGCCUGCCAAGAACCGUAGGGUAUGGAAGGGUCUUCAGAGGAAGGGCAGAGCCGGCAGAAGCAAAGAGCCAGGAGACACAGGGGGAACAGCCAGCCAGCGAGCCCUGUCCCCAUUGGAAGCAGCAGAAUCUUCAAACCUCAGAGCGAGGAAGCAGUGGAACCUAGACACUUUAGGCUCCCAUCCUCCAGAGACCUCCCAGCAGCUCCAGAGCCUUGGCACCCACAGCAGGUGGAAGGUGGAGCUGGACAAGCUCCACAGGGAAGCUGCAGGAGACCUGGGGCAGGUCUAUUCCCAAGAUGCCUCCGCUGAUCUGAGUGAGAAACCAGGGACCUCAGCUGCAAUGCGAACCUUUCAAGACUGGAAGAAAGACAACCUCACCCGGAUUAAAGAGAGGGCAAAGUCCCUCCACCUGAAACAGCUGGAUGUGGCCAACGCAGUCGAUCUUCUCCAUGCCUUCUUCCACCAGUUCUUUAGCUACCUGAAUGAGUGUCCCGAGAGACCCUACUUCAGGGAUGUGAGAGAACUGAUGUCGGGGAGCAGCUACAAGCUCUUGCACCCGAAUAAGUUUGACGUGCUGCUGAGCCUGCCGAUUCCAGAUUAUAUUCAGUACGCUGAGGUGGAGGGGUACGAUGGGCUCUUCUACACCCUGACUCUGCUGAGAAAGUCCCGCAGCUUUCCAGCCGCCUUCCUGCUGGAGGAUGGGCAGACUGUGUCCCCAGGGAGCAUCAUGGCGGAGUUCCGGCAGCACUUGGAUCAGUUCAUCAAAGUGUUCUACUCAGUGCCUUUUCCUGGAUGGCAGAUGAGGCUGGAGAGGAAAAAGCAGAACAGCCCAGCGGUGCCCCUAGUGAUGGUGGACAACCGAGGUGACACAUUCAUGUCUAUUGACCUGGUCCUUGCUCUGGAGAUCUCUGGCCAAUGGCCCAGUUCAGAUGACGAAGGGAUAGACGUCAAGCAGCUGUUGGGGGAGAAGGAGCCAUAUCUGAGGAAGACCCUCUAUUUUAUUGCUAAACAGGCCCCUGGUCAAGAUAACAAAGAGACCUGGAAAAUGUCUUUCUCUCAUGUGGAAAAGGAGAUUUUGAAAAGCCACACCAGCACCCGGUCCCGGAAGUGUCAGACGACCACGUGCCGCAGGCCAGAAUGUCUGCAGAUGCUGGAGAGUCUUUUGGGAGCCCUGAAGACAGAGCACCCCUUGGAACUGGCUCCUUUGAGUUCCUACCACGCUGAGACUUCUUUCUUUCACACGCUGCUGGAAUGGAAGCAGGACCAGGAUGGGAGCUCCUCCAGCGUUGCUCACUGUUUUGAAAGGGUCCGGGCCAAUUUCAUUCGGCAGGUGGCAACCGCUCAUCUGCCUCAUUUUUUCAUUCCCAAAUGCAACCUGUUUGGCACCAAAUUCUUUCCGCCCAAUAACUUGAAGUUUCUGCUGGAGUGCUUAAGAGAGAAGCAAAAAAAGAAGCAGUCAACCACUGUGUCCCGAAAGAAGAAGGUCGCAGCCCCGCCACUGCUGGCUGCUGCUAUGAGCUGGCCUCUAAUGAUCACUGUGGGUCUGAUGGUUCUGGUGUCGAUUGGACUCUCCCACUUUGGGUCAUAA